ACAAAACUAGAUCUACACGAGAAAUCGUUUUUGCCGCUAACAAUUUGGUUUCAAGGUAUGGACUUUUACGAAGUACCUUUAAUGAUAAAGACGACGACGGGAAACCUACGAAAUGCUACCGAAGAGAAUAUCCAGUGGACCAUGCAAAAAAUGUUGUUCAUCUAAUGACGGCUCCCGUUAAUAUAGAUGAUUUAUUGCUUGAUUUUCACAAAUUGUUAUUCGGUGAAUCUUUGCCAAUGCUUAAUGGGAUAACGUACGACGAUUUUAUCGCUCAAUAUGAGGAAUGGCUUAAUUCCAAUGAUUAUAAACUCAAACAAAAAUUUUGGCGCAAUCAAAUCAAAUCAACCAAAAAUAUUGAAUGGCCAAUGCAACUAUCAUCUGUUCAGUACACUUCACAUGAUGCACUUCAAUAUCAGGUUUUUCGUAAUAACAUUGAAGUAUUAAAAGCCUUAGGUUAUAAAUUUAAAGUUACCUGGUUCGUGGUAAUGUUUUCGGCCGUAUGGAUCACUUUAUCGUCAUUCGUCAAUCUAAAGAAUGCCAAUAUUUGGCUUCCAUUCUCUGCACGUUCUAUGCCAAUUAAUUGUGAUAAAAAUGCAUUAUCUCAACUUGUUGGUCAUUUUGCUAAUGUUAUGCCAGUUCAUCUAGAUCUUGAUACAUCUAAUUUAAUUGGUUUGUGUUCAACUAUUCAACAAAUAGCAAAAUUGAUAUAUGCUGCAAAGCAAAAUGAAAUGUAUCCAUUUAUUGAUCUAGCAAGAUAUGCACAUCAAACAUUAAAACGUCAGCUUGUUCAACAAAUUAUUAUUACAAAAACACCAAAAAUGCCUAUGAAGUUUCAAGUCAGAGCUAUUCGAUCUGAUGUAGAACUCUGGUUUGAUUUUAUCGAACAAUCAGAUGGCAUGAUAAUGUUUAAUAUCAAUUAUAAUCCAACAAUUUUUAAUACUUAUAAUAUUAAAUUAAUAGGAGAACAAUUUUUAAAAGUAAUAAAUAUAAUGAAAAAUUAUGAUGACUUAGAAUUAAAAAUUCCAAAACUGUUAAUCGAACAAAAUAGUUUAACAUCAAUCAAAUUAAAAUCUAAAUCCGAAAAUGAUUUAUCGGUACCACAAUCAUUUCCAACAAUCCAAGAACUUUUUCAACAACAAGCAAAUAAAUUACCAAAUCAUUUAGCAUUAUACAUGGGAGAACUUGGAUUAUCAAUGACAUAUGAACAACUAGAUAAGAAGAGUAAUCAAAUUGCUCGAUAUCUUUCUCAAAUUGGGGUUAAAAUAGAAACCCUAGUUGCGAUUCACUUAAAUGAGGAUAUGUAUAUAAUUCCUUGGAUUUUAGGCAUUCUUAAAGCUGGCGGUGCUCAUGUUCCUAUUGAUAAAACAUAUCCAGCAGAGAGAAAGAAUUAUAUAAUUAAAGAUUCCGAAGUUUCAUAUUUUAUCACUGAUGAAAAGUGUAAUGAUUGGGUUGAAAACUUUUCUGGUAAAAUAAUACAAAGCAAUACAAUGGAUGUCACUAAACAAUCCGAUCACAUAGUUGAAUCAAUAGGCCACGGAGAAAAUCUUUGCUACGUUAAAUACACUUCAGGAUCAACAGGAAAACCAAAAGGCGUUUUGAUAGAACAUAAAAAUGUUACAAGUUUAUUGAUGGACACCAGAUAUGAAUAUUUUGGUUCUAAAGAUGGUGGAAUUAGGGUGUUACAAGUGUUGCCCAUGGCUUUUGACGCAUCAUUAAUGGGAUGGGCUAUGGCAAUAGCCAAUGGUUCAACAAUUUGUUUUGCUAAAAAUCCAAAAUUACUAGUUGGAAAUUACUUAUUAGAUGUCAUUAAAUGUAACGAAAUAGAAGCAAUGUCAGUUGUACCAAGUAUCUUGGCCACUAUAUCUCCUGAUAACUGUAGCCCAACUUUAAAAUAUCUUGAAGUUGGUGGAGAAGUUCUUCCAGAUAAUUUAGUUAACAUCUGGAAGAAUCAUCUUAAGAAAUUUUUCAAUUCAUAUGGCCUUACUGAAACAGGUGUUUUAGCAACAAAUUAUGAUAUCUUAACUGAAAAAAAACAUGUCACAAUGGGUUCGGCAAUUGGAACUCCACCGCGAGGAUAUUUGAAACGGGAUGAUAUCACUAAAGAACACUUUAUAUUUCACCCGAAAUUACAAAAACGUUUAUAUCGUACUGGUGAUCAAGGAUGCAUUCUAGAAGAUGGUAAAGUUAUAUAUUUAGGAAGGCUCGAUCGUCAAGUGAAACUUCGUGGGCUCAGAAUCGAACUUUCUGAAGUUGAAGCUAUAAUAUUGAAUAAAUGUCCGGAGGUUUAUCGUGUAUCAAUUCAAGUUAACGAAGAAAAAAAGUCAUUAAUCGCAUUUGUUAUGCCAAAGAAUUUGGACCAUAAAGUAAUUCGAAAUAAAUUAAACAAGACAAUGACAAAAUUUCAAAUUCCAGAUAUUAUACCGGUUGAUAAUUUACCUUGUACAGAUAAUGGAAAGACGGAUCACGCUAAGGUUAAGAUUAUUAUGCCCGAAUUACUCAAGAAAGCUAUUGAAUCUGAGGUUCCAAGACCUCAACAUAAAAAUUCUAAAGUCUCACUAGUUUUACAUCUACAAGCCAUAUGGCAAGAUGUUCUCGCUUUGAAAGAAAAACCAGAUAUUAACACUAAUUUUUUUGACCUUGGCGGUCAUUCUCUUUUAUUAUUACAAUUACAAAAGAAAAUUCAACAACAAAUUUCAUCGGUUGACCUUGUUGACCUUUUCCAAAAUCCAACCAUUGAAUCUUUGGUAAAUUUUCUCAUGCCUACAGAUCAAUCUUUAGAUUUAGAUAAUUCUAUAAAGACUUCUAAUAAUGAUCAAGUAAUAACUGCAAGUGAAAUAGCAAUUAUAAGCAUGGUCGGGUGUUUCCCUGGAGCUGAAUCAGUUAAUGAAUUAUGGAAGAUGAUAAAGACUGGGCAACAUGGGAUUCACACAUUUAAUAACAAAGAGAUUGAUGAGAUGAGUGCGAAAAAUCGUAAUGAUCCUCAUUAUGUACCAAAAUGUGGUGUGCUCUCAAAUAUUGAUAAAUUUGAUGCCGAAUUCUUUAAAAUUAGUCAUCAAGAAGCGGUUUCAAUGGAUCCACAGCAACGUUUGUUAUUAGAAAAAAGUGUACAAGCUUUAGAUGAAGCUGGAAUCAAUCCACAGUAUGAAAAAGGACGAAUUGGAGUAUUUGUUGCAAUUGAAAAAAGCACAUACAAAAAUUAUUCAUGUAAUAAUGAAAAUGAUCUUGCAAAACAAUAUAAUGAAGAAAUGAACACCUCGAGCGGAAGUGCAGCAACAAGAAUCGCAUACCAUCUAAAUCUUAAAGGACCAGCAUUUUCUCUUAAUUCUACUUGCUCUAGUUCUUUAACAGCAUUAAAAACAGCAUGGAAUAGUAUUCAAUGUGGUGAUUGUGACGUGGCUAUAGUUGGUGCUGCUUCCAUUAUAUUGCCGCAAUCUGGUUAUAUAGCACAACCAGGUCUUAUUUUGUCAGCCAAUGGAAUAUGUCGCCCGUUUGAUCAUAAUUCUGAUGGAACUAUUAUUGGAAAUUCUGUAUCGGUAAUUGUUUUGAAACGAUUAUCCGAUGCAAUUUCUGAUCGAAAUCCAAUUUCUGCUGUGAUUAAAUCAAUCGAGCUAAAUAAUAACGGAAAUAAUAAGAUUGGUUAUACAGCACCAAGUGUAGAUGGACAAUAUGAAGUGAUUAAAAAAGCCAUUCAAUCUGCUAAUCUUCUUCCUGCUGACAUUGAUUUUAUUGAAGCUCAUGGAACUGCUACUAAACUUGGUGAUCCAGUUGAAAUUAAGGCUCUCACAAAAGUAUUUACUGAACUUUCACCAACUAAGAAGCAUUGUGCUAUAUCUUCUGUCAAAUCUAAUACUGCAGCUGGUUUCUCUGGAUUAAUAAAGACCAUUAAGGCAUUAGAGGAUCGUGUUAUACCUCCCAUGGCAAAAGGUCAUUUCGAAAAAGCUAAUCCAUUAAUAAACUUUUCGUCCAGUCCAUUUUAUAUUGCUUCUGAGUUACAAAAUUUCAAUAAAACAGGAACAAUGUACGCGGGGGUGAGUUCAUUUGGUAUUGGGGGAACAAAUGGGCAUUGUAUUUUGGCGUCAUACAAAAAGGAUAAUUUAAAUUUUGAAAAUGAAACGGCUGAGAAUACAGAGAACAUUAGGGUUAUCCUACCUUUUUCAGCAAAAUCUAUUAAUAGUUUAAACAAUAUUAAGAGGGAGUUUAAGAAUUAUUUCGAAGCUCAAUACGAAUUCCGUAAUAUGAUAAUUGCCACAUCAAUUUCUGAUGCAUUGAUCCAACUUGAACAAACAAAAUCACCAAUAAAUGCAACAUCACCCAAAGAAAAUAUAAUUUUCGUAGUACCCGGCCAAGGCUGCCAUUCUAUUUUAAUCCAUCGACAUAUUUACAAAUCGUCAACAUUGUACCAAAAAAAAUUCAAGGAAUGUGUAAAUAUUUUACAAAAAUAUGAUUCUACAGUACCCGAUCUUAUCAGCUAUUUGGAAAAAGAUAUUUAUGAUACAACAUACGAUCCUUUGUUAAGUUUUAUAUCAAGUUACAUAUCAGCCGAAAUUCUCAGAUCGGUUUUUAAUAUACAAAUUUCUGGAAUUGUUGGGCAUAGUCUAGGACAAUACGUAGCUGCCACUCUUGCCGGGGUAUUUUCACUCGAUAUAGCUUUAGGAAUUGUAUUAAAAAGAACACAAGUUAUGAAUAAGAUGGAAAAGGGUUCAAUGUUAGCUACUAAUUUAGAUAGCAAACAUGCGGACACUUUUAUAAAGGUUGGGAAAAUAUCUUUAGCAGCAAUAAAUGAACAAAAUCAAUGCAUAUUCUCUGGAAGAUCCAAAGACAUUGAGGAACUGGCAGUAAUUCUUGAAACUCAAGAUUAUAAAGUCAGAAUUCUUAACGGGUCAUAUGGAUUUUAUUCGCAUCUAACAGAUUCCAUUUUAGAUGAAUUUGAAAUAGAGAUUUCUUCAUUACUUAAUAAAGCAUCCAAACAAACUACUUCUACGAUCAUUCCUUUUAUCUCAAAUACCACUGGAGGAUGGACUAAUGUUGAAGAUGUGUAUACGGCAAAAUUUUGGAGAGAACAUAUACGAAAAACCGUCCAAUUUGAAUCUGGAAUAAAAACUAUUAAUUCAACAUUUUCAAAUCCAAUUUUUAUUAAUGUCGGAAUUGGAACCGAUACAA